AUGGUAGUGCGUUCAAGCAUAAAAGUUUCUGAGUGUCCAAACAUUACCCAGCCGGUGGUGCCGCAUCGCUACUGCAGUCGACCACGACUUGGUGCCUACACGAGUAGUGUCAGCGGUGGUUUAAGUCGCGGCGUUCUUCGCAACUGGCCGAACUGCAGUAACUUUAAUGAGAGUCCUCCAGUAAAAGUAGCGGACGAGCAGCUGUCACGUCAGCGCUCUGUCACCUGCAAACCAAAGCCAGGCUCCUCCGCGGGGCACAGUUCCAUCUUUAACGAUCCUGGGGAAUGGUACAGUCACAUACCAGCUGUUGAUCCUCUCCUUCCCCUGCGUCCAGACUUUGUCAUUAGCAUCGAGGUCUACUGCCUGCAGGCGGGUAGCAGUGGAGGCGUUGGCAGUGGCGGUACCUCAACGGAUAGUUACCAGUGUUUAGGUCUGCAGACAUCGAAGAAGAAGAAGUACAACGUUCCACAAGCAAAGGAGGAUAUUGAUCUGUCUGCUGAUAAGAUUACUCUUAUUGGAAGUACCCCAAUGCCGACGAAAUCAAAGGCAUUUGAACUACCGCCAGACUGUUUUGCCGAGAUCACUAAAGAGAAUCUGAUCAUCUUGGGUGACAUGAAUGCAGACUGCGGUUACCUCUCCAAAUGGGUUCGAGGUGAACUGCUUUUGACAGCCGACUGCCGGUACAAAUGGCUCAUUAGAGAUGAAAUGGACACGACUGUAGCCAACAAUGUCCCAGGGAGUUCGGCGCAUGGUGCUCAGAUAAAAGACUCCAAUCAGAAAAUGAGUCGGUAUGACAUAUAG